UUGGUUCAUCACACGCUUCCACACCGAGACCCCAAACUACACCCGCUACUCAUACUUUUCCUCGUUUCCCCACCUUAUUCCCUCUUAUUACUCUUCGUCGCUGGUCUUUACGUUUUUUUUCGUUGCUGGUUUUUUCGAGCUCUCGCUCUUCUGUACCCAGUCGAAAGUUAUCAUUUCCGUUUUUCAUCUCGUUUCACACACACGUAACCCGGCAUCAUGGCUGGCAUUCAUCAAGAUCCUAAAGAAAUCUACGAACUCGAGGAACCCUCCAAGUGCCUCAGCUUCUUGAGAUUACUCUGGAAGUUUUGCAGAUGCAUCUUUUCUCACGUCACCCUCGUCUCGUUGGUCGUCGCUUACUGCGUUCUCGGGGCUUAUGCCUUCGAAUCCAUCGAGGCCGAACACGAGAUUCAGGUGAAAGAGAGCAUUAAGUACGUGAGGUCGAACGUAACCAAGCGAAUAUGGCUGCUGACAGAAAACUUUGAAGUAUUGAUACAAGAAAAUUGGACGGAUAAAGUUGUGAAAGAACUCGUCAAAUUCGAGGCAGAUCUUCUGGAUAAAAUGAAAAAAGAAGGAUGGGAUGGAAGCGAAGAGCUCAAAAAUAUUCAGUGGACUUUCGCCGGCGCUCUUUUUUAUUCAAUCAUCGUUAUUACGACGAUAGGAUACGGUCACAUAGCGCCGAAAACCCACAACGGUAAGGUCGUCACCAUCUUUUACGCGAUUCUUGGAAUACCUUUGAUGCUCUUGUGCCUCUCGAACAUCGGUAAAGUGAUGGCUUCGAGCUUCAGAUUUUUGUACUGGAAAAUUUGCUGUUACGUGUGCACGCGGCCUCCGAAGCCUCGUCAUCGCCAUCGUCAUCGCAACGUUUUCUUACGAUCGCAAAGUCUCCGGCAACCUGGGCGAUACGCUGCGGCUCGUUUGCCGAACGCGGGGCCAAGCUCCGCGUCCUUCCGUCGACCGAUGCGAGCUGUUAGUCAACGAUCCGCUGAUUCGGGGCCUCCGUUCUCGUCGUAUACGGAAAGUUUUGCGAGAUCUGCACGCCCGAGUUCCGGAAGCAGAACGGAUCGUGGCAGAUGCGAGGCUUCGCCGAGACUAGCACCUUCGCAACGCUUUACGUCGCCGGUCAACGACACGAUCGACCGAGCACCAAUCCCGGGUGCAAUGGCGCACGCGCCGUCGAAGAAUCGUCCGGAAAACGUGGCCAUCGCGUCCCCAGGAACGAUCAGAAUCGGGCCGCGAUAUCCGGCGGGAACACGAUCGCUCGAUCGAAAAUGUCGCCCGAUAACUUCGAACAACGAUGCCAACCGGACUCCGGUACUCUUCAAUAAAUACGCGAUGGACGAACCGCUCGUGGAGGAUCGACGAUUUUUGUCACCUGGCGACGAAGCUGCCACGAGACGAUGUCGCUCGGUCGAGGCAUCGGUCGAUCUCGAAAUGCUCCGGUCCGCGAACCUCCGGAGAUCGGUCAGAAACAACAACGCUCGCGGUUGGAGCAACAGAAGAGACCCGUCGUCCGGCGGGCGGCUGAUGUCGCCGAUCGACCUGGCGGUGCCUCGUAGAGUGUACGUCGACAAUCUCGACCUCGAGUACGAUUAUUUGACGAGUGCUGGAUUAGGAAGCGGCGACCACGAACCGGACGACCCGACCAUGAUAAAACCGGUGCCGAUAUGGCUGUGUGUUUUUCUCGUCGUAAGCUACAUAUUGGGUGGUGCUUUUCUCUUUGCCGAAUGGGAAACUUGGCCCUACCUUGAUUCCGCAUAUUUUUGCUUCAUCACUUUGACGACCAUCGGCUUCGGAGAUCUCGUUCCAGCCCACCGGUUGAACGCCCAUCAAGGGAUAGCGCUCUGUUCGCUUUACCUCCUCUUCGGGAUCGCCCUGUUGGUGAUGAGCUUCAAUCUCGUUCAGGAAGAGGUGAUAAGCAGUGUGAAAAGCGUUGCGAAGAGGCUGGGCAUCAUAAAGGACGAGGAUCAGAGCGGCGGGCCGAUCGACGAGGAGGAGGUCUACGACGUCGACGUUUACGACGACGCUUAUCCGGCCUUCGACCGAGAGCCUCGUCGAUGUUACGACAGUGAAUUUGACAGGACGACGGACAAUUACUACCACGAUGAUUUUCCAAGCGAAGCGGCCUCUAGGCGACGGGACAUCCAUCAACGCGAUCGCUCCCCGAUGCCUUCGCGUUACGCCCUCCGAUGAUCUUUUUGUUUAUAAUUUUUCUCCUGAUAAAACCCCCGUUUGGUGCGAAAUAGUGCGCACGGCUCUUCUGGAAUAUCGCUGACGAGGGAAUAACUUCUGAGCAAAAUGUCGUUCAUCAUUUUUCUGUGUAAUUAACUGCGAGCAGAAUAGCGACCGUCCUCUUUUCGGCUCCACUCAAAAACAACGCCCUCCGAACAGCCCUACUCUCAAAUUUGCAAAAUCAAUACAACCCGAUAUGCCUCCUCUUUUGUCAUUAGUAAUCUGUGUCAUUUAAAGACCGGAGACGUCAUUCAUGCAUGAAUUUAAAAUCUUUAGAGUGGAAAUGUCAUCGAGUAGAUUUCAGUCGAGUUACGUUGCAGCGAGCCAACAAUUCUACUCUUAGUUUAUUUAUUCAACAACAGUGCUCCUCUAAAUACAUGCUUGAAGAGCGGAGUUGUUAUCGAGUAGAGUUGCGAUGCGAGUACGGUUAUAAAUAGCUGCUAGUUGACAAUAACCCUGUCGGUAGCCAUUCUCGAUAACAACUACGCCCUUAAUAGCUGCGGAUCUGUACGUAGAGAACGUCGAUCCCCCUUAACAUAUCUACUUCAGUGUGAUAUUUAAUCCUUGAUAUCUCUACUCGUCAUGAUUUCAGAAAAUAUCUGAUGACGAGUCGAGAUAUUGAAGAUUAUGGAUAAUACAUGAGUAUACGUCAAGCUGUUGUGAAUUCGGGAGUAAAGAUUUUAGAAGGAAAGUUGUUUUCGAGCGGAUCCGAUGUACGCAGAAAGUUGCGAAAGAGAGGGCAUUUGCUCGCAUCUUGUACUCCUGCUUGUGCUCUCACCGAUCGAUUUCAUUGUCCGGCACUGAUGCGUGGGCGGACAUAUCUCGUAAAUGGUGUAUCAGAGAAGUUAAUGACUGAAGAGUUUCGUGUACAGAUUCGAUGCGAUUCUGGGAGCGUGGAUCGGUGCCGGUGAGAUUUAGCUCGGAUUUGUGUGUUCUGCGGACGUGCUUCCUUAUGUGUUUAUAUAGUUAUGCUUUUGUUCGUCAAUGUUUGUACUUAUUGUGGUGAAGAAGAGGCAGCGGGUGCCUCAGAGUUGAGUUUUGGAGUGAAACUUCCUCGGCGAUGUUUGGUCAUUUUUAUUUUUAAUAAUACUUCGUACCCUGGCCUGGAGAGGGGAGAGAGAGAGAGAUUAUAUCGCUAGCAUUAACAUGUACCUUAAACGAGAUUUUCUUGAUUUUUUUUCGACAAGAAAAUAAAUGUUCAUCGAAAAAGUGUGAA